ACAGAACUCAAAAGCCAACACCAAAGCCAAGGAAAAUCAAAACCCCACUACUUUUUCCGAAUUUGAUUGAUACUAUUUUCUAGGAAUAGGAUGGCUGAAUUAGAUAUCGGGAAGCACUGCAGCAUUAAUUCAUGUAAUCGGCUUGAUUUUCUGCCUUUUGUCUGCACAGGAUGUGCAGGUGUUUUCUGUUUAGAACACAAGAGUAAAGAUGGACACAAUUGCAGUGAGGCACAUAGCAUUGCGAAUCCUGUGAAAGAGAAUGGUGAAUACGUUGCUCCUGUCAUCUAUACUUGUGCAUUAACAGGAUGUAAGAGAACGGAAGUUGUACCCGUCACCUGUGAGCAUUGUCAUAAAAACUUCUGUCUUGGACACAGACAUCAAACAGAUCACCAAUGUACAGAAUUACCUACUGAUGGAAAGGCAGCUCCGAUGGCAAAAACAGCUCAACUUGUUCAAGAUAUAAAAGAUUCCAAAAAGACAACCGGAACUGGAGUAAAGACUAAAGGAAAGGGAGCUAAAUCAGCCAAGAUGGCUGCCAAGGUUGCCAUGAUGAAGAUGAAGAUGCAUGCUCUAGGAGACUCCAGCAUACCGCAGAAAGAGCGAGUGUUCUUUCAAGUUCACCUUCCGAAAGGCCACUCCGAGAGCCACAAACCCAUGUUCUUCUCAAACAUGUGGAGUGUUGGUAAGACAGUGGAUAGGAUUGCUGCCCUCUUGAGGCUCAAAAAUGAGAACAACAUUGCCAGUGCAAAGAAACUGAGACUAUUCCAUCCUGAAAGAGGGGAUGUCUUCACAAUGGAUGCAAAGCUGGAGUCCCUCCUUGCCGAUGAUGCUGCCUCCCCCAUCUACAGUGGAGGUGGAAUCAUCCUUGAAUACGUAGAGAAUGGCUGUACCUGCCUACCCAAUGUUGCAGAUUACCGAACAUCAUGACAUUAACAUCUGACUAGUCUGCUUUCAACAUCUCAUGGAUCGAAUGACACGUUCAUCAAAGAAAGAGCAUUCCAAACCAAUCUCAAGCUCAAAAGUUCUUCUCUCCGGCUUUCUCGUCUGUCCAUCCGUCGGGUGUCAUCCUGAUGAAAGCCCUGGAUUUACAUCUUGGCUCGUGUUGGUGAGAAAUAGUGUGCUUGAAGAUCAUGACAACGAAACUUGUUCAAUUUCAAAUAUGUGGUGAGCCACUCUGAUUGGUUCCUUCCUGACCCCCCAGGGAGACCAUACACAGCAUGGUUCUAAUGAAAUUAGUGUGCAUUAAUAGGAUAAGUGUAUUGACUCAUGGUUCUGAGGUUGUGUUCAUGCAUUAACAAUCUGAGUACAGAAAUGCUGCAUGCAGAAGAACUCAAAAAUCCACUCAUUUAAUUUGUUGCUACACGAAUAUACUGUUUUAUGAUCAUUACUACACGUUCUACUUAUUUGGUUUUAAACGGGCAAGAAUACAAGAGAAAAUUAAAAAAUGAAUGUCUAUCUUGUGGAUUGCUAAAUUGCAUGCUUUGUAUAAUGGCAAACAUUUGUUAUUUUGAAAUGUUAUCCACAGCAUUGGAAUAAUAUUGAGUAUGGAUGUGAAAUGAAUACAAGGUAUAUAGAAAGCAUGUGUUUUUACAUGCAUUUUCGUUUAUUCGGCUCUGACCUUAGUGCGACUUUUUUCAGUUUCCUUAUGAAUAAUGUAAAAGACAACAUGGGUUUAUAAUUUCUGAUUUUGAGUCCAUUCAUACCUUAUUAGUAUCUGCAAAUAUUUCCCCAUAUACAUGUAUAUCACAGUAAUAAAGACUGAUACUAGCUAAAUUACAAAAAAGAAA